AUGGAUGGACGCGACAUGGAGAAAGACAAGAGGACGAUGGCGCAUACCUCUGAACCAUGCUCUUUCGGCACAAGCUUGAAAGCCCGAAAUCAGUCGUCAGGGCUGUGUGUUCUCCAUUGUGUGAGGAAUCCCUUUCCCUCUAUCACCCUCAAUUUUCUCGAGAACGGGGGCCCUCCCGAAGUCCUAGCAUCAGUCGUGGUGACGGCGCAGCUGUGGAAGGAUGGCAUGAAGAAGAGCCUGAGUGGGGUGACAGCUGUGGAGAUCUUGGCAUCGAAGGACAUUGUCUUCGACAACUUGCAGCUCGAUGCGCUGGAAAUCGGUUCCAACUACACUAUCACUUUCAGCGCGUACUUCCGUGGUGAAACAGUAGUGUUUGGAACGAACCCAAUCACUUUCAUCGGUGAGUUCCUGAGACCCGACUCACAGGAUCUGUUUUACUAUGUCGGGCAAACCUUCGAUACGCUGAAUGUGCAGAUGAGAUCAACGGAUUUCACACGGGCUGUGUCAGCGAGGAUUAACAACAGUCUCUUCUUCUUUGAAGACAACUAUCAGUCCUAUCAGAUUGCGUUCACCGAAGGAUUCUACUCGAUUGAUGGUGUUAACUCGGAACUGCGAUUGAAACUUGAAGACCUGGGUAUUGCUGUCGACCUGUUUUCUUUCACCAAAGUCCAAGAUAAGGUGGUCAUCAACGUUGCCUUCGAGGGUUGGAGGGUUAUCUUCAGUGCAAGCGGCUCCAUCGGAAGCUUCCUGGGAUUCAAUCGAGAUAUUCCAAACAGCAAUGAAUACACUGUUGUGCCUAAUAUGCAGUUCACUGCUGACUUUGCUCGACAGAGCCUGCCUAUCACACUGCCCGCCGGUCAAGCGGCAUGCGGACGUUUCUGUGCAGUGGCACACAGUGAUAUCCAAAUGAAGGACAAGUUCAAUGUGUCAGUCAAGGUGUUCGAUGUCGGCGAUGGGCAGCUCAAGGGCUCGAUCUAUGGUGAGACAGUAGUUGCGAUUGAUGCUGGUGUCGCAAGUUUCUCGAGCAUCAGAGCAAACGGUCUGGUUGGCUCCAGGUUUGUACUUGUGUUUUACCUGGAUCAAGUGUCUGUGGUUUCUGCUGUCAAUCAACAGAUUCGGGACUUCUAUCAGCAGAGCUCGUUGCAGUAUCCCCUUCAGCUCGGGCUCUUUCCCGACACACUGCAAAUCGACUGGAGCUCUGGAAACGUGCUUGUCGACGAGUCAGUGAGCACGAUGUCUGUAACGCUAGUCGAUAGCGCCAUGCCCCUGACGACUCUCGUGGUGGUGGAGACCGAUGGUUUCAUUCUGGACAUAGAGCUCUUGAACUCCAACCAGAACCUUAACCUUCAGUAUCUGGGAGGAACGACAACCCAGUAUGUCGAGUCCGCUAAGUCCCUCUUUGCAGACCUCAAAAUUCUCGGGACGGCGGGAACGGGCUAUGUCUUCAAGGUCUGCCUCAGCAAUCAAAACUCGAUCCUCCCGCUCUGCACGCAAACGGCCACGUUUGUUGUCUAUCCUCAAGGGAUCUCCAUCGUUGAGAGCACUUGGCCGAAGUAUCUCUACGAGGACCAGACCUUCCCUCAGAUCUCCAUCCGUAUGAUCGGUUCGAGCCUGUCCAACCUGCGCUUCUUCAACACAGACGCUUUUGAGAUAGAAGUAUCCUUGCUUCGCCAUGGAAUCCGCCGGCCAACGGCCUUUAGCUCGACUCCCAAACUUAUCUUCACUGGACUACAGGAUGUCAAGUUCAACAACCUGAGAGUCUUCGAUGAACUUGGUUCUGAGUACCAACUGCUGUUUGUCUUGAACAUCAAUGCUGCGUUCCUUAGCGCCGCAACGUCGUCGUCUCUUGUCACACAACGUGCUGUGACUCCCCUAUUUGACAUGAUACCGAGAGGCGUACAGAUUCAAGAGGUCUCCGACUUCAACUGCGGUGGAUCCUUUCAAGCCUCAGUGUCUCUCGUGACCUUCGCCAUGAUCAACUUGAUCCCAGCCGACGGUUUUGAAGUCUCCCUGGUGCUCGUUGCGAGUGAAGACCUGGGCAGCGAGUCCAGCCUGCAAGGCACAACCAAGAGAAACAUCACUGGGACAUCUGUCACCUUCAGCGGCCUUCAGUUGCUGUCAUCCUCUCCCUCCUGCAUCGGAACCUACCGGCUCAACUACACCCUCACGUGCCUGUUCUCCGGCCAGACUUACGGGCCUUACCAGUCCAACGCCUUUCGAGUCCUUCCGUACAACAUCAGCUUUCAGUUUCCUCUCCCCACCAACCUCCUCGAAGGAGAACUCCUUCCGACCGUGGUGGUGCAAGUCCAAGGGGCCAACGGCGACGUCCUGAGUGGCCUGACGGGGUCAGCUGACAAGUUUGGCCUUGUGAGCGUCCAGCUGUACCGCGAUGAGUCUGGACCAUGCGCUGCUCCUUCAUCCUCUCCCUCCUCCGCUCCUCCGCUCCCCAACCUUCACGGACGGAAGGAGCUCAAUCUUACCUCGGGCAAGGCUGAAUUCUCUGACCUGACCAUCUUUGGGAUCAUCGGCUCCUGCUACGUGCUUGUGGCCAACUACACAGUCCCGAGCAUGGCGAGCUUCGUGCUGAGAUCUACGACCUUCCGCCUGUGGCCCAACUCCCUGAGCAGCAACCUCACCAACGAAUGCGACUUCAACAACUUUCCCAGCAUCAACUGCAGCCUGUUGGCGCUGGUGGGCCGCCCGCUGCCACCGGUUGUCGUCCGUCCGAUCUUGAGAGAUAUGUCGGGAUCGUGGGAGCUCGAGGCCGUCGACCAGUUGUACGUCGGCGCGUCACUUGUUAGCUGCGAGACUCGUUGCAAGCAAACCCUCAGGAACUCCUCGUGUGAGGUCGACUACUACCCUCCCAGGCUCCUCACGCUCUCGACGUCCUUUGCUGGGAGCCUGGUCGAGAGGCAGCUGGACUAUCCGAUCUUUGGCGUCAGCGCAGCAUCCUUUGACAUCAAGAGGAUCUCUCAGAACUCUUCAUGGCCGGGUCAUCCCAACUGCCUCUCAGUGGAGCUUCGUGCCAACGUGGAUCUGCUGGGAGGCCAGGGGGCGAGCAUCACAGUCUCAGGGCUGUCAGGAUUGAACUUGCGGUCGCAGACAGGCGUCAGGCUGGUCGACUCCCAUGGCAACGACUUGUCCUCGAUGUGGUUCAAGAGCACGUCCUGGAAGCAAGGGAUCGGUGAGCUGGCAGUGCAGCUGAGGGAUGACGUCACCCUGGCAGCUGGGCAGGAGCUGAACUUCACCCUCUGCGCCCGCAACUCCAUGGUAGCCCAGGAGUCACCGGCUGUGGUCGUGGAGGCCAACGGGGGGGUCGUCAUACCCCCCAGCCUGAUGGAGAAGGGGCACCUCAGCGACCUCUCGACCCUCCUGGUCGACCUGCAGGCGUCGGCGAUCUCCAUCGGCUACAGCUCGCUGGUGAGCGGAAGGAGUUACGUACUCUCCUUCUCCCUUGUCAACCCGGUCUCCCAGUCUCCCCCCUCUGCUGUCUCAGUGCAAGUCGCCUCCCCCCAGCUCCAGACUUUCGUCCAAGGCCUCACCGCAGACAACCGCCCGAUCAGCGGCCUCCUCGGGUCAGUGGCGGGAGAUGCCGCCCCUUUCUACGUUCAGAACGCUUCCGUAGCCUUUCUGUCGCUGUACCAGAGCAGCUCCUUCCCGUACCCCGCCUCGUCAGCAAUCAUCCUCCGAGUAGGCUUCAACUUCAGGAUUGCUGCUCUUGCCACCUUGCAGCUCACGGGGUUUGCCGACGCUGUUCUCCUCUCCAACGCGACCUUGUCCUACAAAGCAGCCAACGGGACCAACGUGACGUCGCCCGCCACCAUCGACGUCGUCGGAGGGAAGCUGAGCAUUCAGACUGACAUGGCACUGAGUGCGGGGCGUGAGCUCUUCGUGGCGUUCUCAGUGGAGAACCCAAAGUGGCGGGUCAACCAGUCCGUUACCUUGGAAACCACUACGGAUCUCUACAACUCCAGCUUGCUCCUGAGCAGCGAGGUCGGCCGCUACCUCGUCGAGGCUCCAGGGUUUCACUCGGCCACCAUAAGGAGGAACACAAGUUAUGCGGGCAUGCCAGCCAAAGUCACCAUCUCCCUCCUCUGCAACAUCCCCCUCCUCGCCGGGUCUGUGCUCACCAUCACCUCCUCCUCAGCUGUUUUCCAGCUAGCGCAGGUCUGCUGGGCCGCUCAGAAUCUUGUCUCGGUGACGAUCGAGCCAGAGAGGGUCUCCCUUGCGCUCCUGACAAACUUGACAACCUUGCAAGCGAUCGACGUCUCCUUGUGCGCUACCAACGACGCCCAGUCCCUCCCUCCGCCUUCGUUCCUCCUUGCUGCCAACUUGAUCUCUCCAGGAACGUGUUCGAGCUGCUACGAGACGAUCGACCUGGUCUCACUGGACGGCGGCAGCAUGCAGAUAGACCCGCCAGGCUUCACCACCGCCCAGAUCACUCAGACGAACCCCUUCCCUCUAGGCAAGAACACCAUCUUCAUCACCCUGAUACCCAACUUCCUGGUAAACGUGAACUCGUCGGUGACCUUCACCUUCUCCCUGGGCUCCAACGAGACCCUCGGCGACUUGCUCAGCGACUUGAGUGUCUUCCCAUCAGACCUCUCCGACUCUUACCAGGUGGACGCUGCGGGCCCGAGCAUCCGCUUCCUCCUCAGCAGGGACGUGCGAGCUGGAGAGGUGAUGCUGUUUGCCUGGAACGUGUCCAACCCUGCAGGAGCUCGGAACUCCACACCCGUCUCGGUAUCCUGCAGCUUUCAGGGGCUGGUAAGAGUUGCUUCCUACCAGCUUCAGGAGGACUCGUCAGCGAUUGCCGGGCAACUCUGGUCCAUCAGAGGAGACAAGCUACCGUUCCGUGUGAGCCCCCCAGCCAUUCCCUUCGGCCAGGCUCAUCAGUCGACAAACUACCCAGGAAGGUCCAACGAGAUCAGCAUCAACUUUGCCCUCACCGUCGAGAUGCCGGCCGGUAGCAAGUUCACUCUCGCUGGGCUCGACAUCGCAUGCUCGGGGAGCAAGGACAUGGUCGUGUAUGGCGGCAGCGGCAGCACCGUCCCCACCCUCUCCUCCUCCUGCCCCGCCAACACUUCCAUCACCUGCGCCAUCUAUGACUGCUCCUCUCUCAGCCUCCUCCUCGAGCUCGCCAACAGCCUCCCUGCCGGGGAAGUGAUUGCGUUCAAACUAACCCUGCAGAACCCCAGCUCCGUCUCCUUUCUCGACUCCUCCUACCUUGACAGCCUGACGGAGCUGGACUGUACCCCAGCAGGCGGGCAGCUGACCGGGCAAACUUCGCGGCAGCUGGGGUCCUCCUUCCUCUUCGACCGCCUUGUCGUCGGUGGAGCCUUCGGCUUCUUCGCCAUCGAGUUUGACCUCAUCCAUCAAGUCGUCGGCAACCCCGUCAGGACGAGGGGGAGGUCAGACCGUUUCCUCGUGGCCCCAGCGAGCAUCCAGCUGGAUCCUUCCCAGCUGGACUCUGAGUACCAGACGUCUCCUGCCGUCCUCUCCAACAGCUCCCACGGCAACCUCCCUCUCUUCCUUGUCUCGUUCCUCGAUCAGCUCGGCCGCGUCCUCAACGUCUCGUCCCCGGGCAUCCGAGUGGUGGCGCAUCUACUCAAGAGCGGGCACGUCAUGGACGAGUUCUUGGAGGGGCAGACGAUACAGAGGGCCCAGGGCUACAGCGCGAAGUUCACGGACUUGAGGAUCGCGUACCUGACAGGCAGGAACUUCUCCCUCACCUUUAGCAUCGAGCUCGGCAGCCGCUCCCUCUCCUCCUCAACCUCUCACUUCAACAUCCUGCCGUCGGCGCUGAAGGCCAACGGCUGCCCCGGGGACGUCCUGACCGGGCAGAGCUUCCAGCUCACCUUCCACCUCGUCGACCAGAACGGUGUUGUCCUCUCUGCAGACGACGGCAGCUUCAGCAUCGAGAUCGACCUCCUCCUCGACGGCGCUCCCUCCUCUCAGUACCUCCUCGGCCAUCGGACGGCCCUGAUCAAGGAUGAUGCGAUCUCCUUCCCGGAUCUCCGCAUCCUCAACGUCUCCGGCAGCAACUUCCGCUUCCAAUUCACCCUGGCGGUGGACGGGCAGCCCAUGGGCUCGAUGCUCAACUCGUCGGGGAGCUCGGACUGCACCUCCUCCUUCUCUGUCUUCCCUUCCUCCAUGCGCCUCGUGCCGCAGGCCGACUGCAUCAGCAGCUUCCUGUCAGGGGAACUGCUUUCCUCCUUCACCUUGGAGGUGCUGGACGUCGAAGGCAAGCCAAUCGAGACUGUCUCCGACCCUUCAUUCGCGCUUGUCAAGGCUUCCCUGCUCCCUGCCCAGCUGGCAGAUCAGCUCAACGGCACCACCCAGGUCCCGCUGAGCUCCGGCCGAGUGACCUUCUCCUCUCUCCGGGCCCCCAUUGCCGGGAUAUCACUCCGCCUGCUGUUCGAGCUGCAGCUGUCGAUAACCACUGCCGUCAUCAGCAGCAACUCCUCUGCUUUCGUCGUUGCCAGCGACCCGUUCGACGUCCUCCCAGUCAGCAUCCACCUCGAGAACGCCUCCAGCGUUCCCCACCUCCUCUGCUCUGCCCAUCCCCUCUUCCUCCCUCCUCUCCACUUCCUCCUCCUCGAUGUCAAUGGCGCUCGGAUCUCAGCAGCCCUGGACCUCAAGAUUGCGGUCUCACUGUACAACAGCAACGGGGAGGAUCUCGCUGGUAAGAUCCAAGGAUCCUCCUGCCACGACGUGUCCUCCUCCUCCUCCUCCGCCCUCUUCACCGACCUUCUCAUCGAGGUCAGCGACGUUGGAAGCUUCUCCCUGCUGUUCACCCUCAACGGACCUCUGUGCAACCUGUACCAGGGCAGGAGCUACUCCCUGGACCUCAACAGCUCUUUGUGCCAGCUCCAGGACCCCACGAGCAUACUUGACAUCCAGCAGUACCUGUCCAACAGGACGAGCACUGCUGAGCUGGUGCUGGGAGGGGAGGAGGAGGCGUUCGGCCUGCAGGCGAAGACUCUGACGUUCAUGUCCCAAGAGAGCGGCUCGAACCUCUUCCUUGACGCGCAGUUCCCCUUCCUGCAGAACUCCUCCAGCCUCGGCUCCUUCUCCCCUCUAGACGCGCACGACGUCACGAUCUCCUCCGCCAACUUCUCCGAGCUGUCGGUCAAACUCCCCGACGACCUCGUCCGGCCCCUUGCCUACUCUGAGGUCACCAGGUUCAGCCAAUGGAGAGGAGCAGAGAUCAGCGAGAGGUGGGAUGCGUCGUUUGAGCCCCUCAAAGUCGCCUACUACACCCGAGCAGCGGGCAAGAAAGACAGUCUCGAGUCGGACGUCCAGUACGACGUGCCGGGACGGGUCUUCCCUCCUGACGUCCAGCUGAAGGACAGGAGGACGCUAACGCCCUGGGCAGCUCGCUAUGAAGGCAGCAGCUUCCAGCUGCGGAAGCAGAGAUGGAGAGACACCUCGGGCAAUGGUCAGGACGCGAUCGUAGAGUCAGGCUACUGCAACUGGCCGGGCCCGAGCUCGGGCAGGCCGGUCGUGAUGGGCUCGGGGACUGAAGUGAUUCUCUUCCCCGAGGGCCUUCUACAGGAGUCCUUUACCCUCUGCACUGCCUACCGCAGCGCCAACGGCAAGACGCCAUGGCGGCUAGUGCGAAACCAGAACGAGUCUGACCUGUGGUAUGAGCAGACCUUCCAGCAGUCCCAGAUGACCGUCGACGAGUGGAAGCUGGUGUGUGUGUUCAGAGACGUCACCUCCAUCGCGUUCCAGGAGAUUUCCUACAGCGGCGAUCAUUCCCUUCCGUCCUCCCUGCCCGCUGCCGAUCGCCUCUCCCUCAUCUUCAACCCUUCUUCCUCCUGGUCCCUCCUCGAGCUCGCAGUCUGGCCUCGCGUCCUUGGGGCCGCUGACUACGGGGAACUGGUCACUUUCUACAACAACAUGGCAUACUCCGACACCCUACCCAGCCCGACCCCAGCUAUGAAGCAAGCUCCGCAUAUGCCAGAGAUCUUCCGUUGCUCCGCCAUGCCCACACUGCCCUGCCGCCUCCCCUCCGGUAACCUCUGCUCCUCCAGCAGCUCCGGAGCUCGCGCUACAGGCGGGUCGGUGGGCUACGACGGGGUGGUGAUCUCGUCAGAGGUCCAGGUGUGGGUGACGAGGGACUACGCGCCUGGCAACGAAGAGCUGCAGGUCUCCUCGCUCGAGCUGCUGGGCUUCCGGCGGGACGCUCCUCUCGAGCAGGACGUGCUCGUGUCGUUUGCUGGGUAUCAGCUGCAGGUGGUGGGAGUGAGCUGGACUAGCAGUUCGGUCCUGGUCACGCCAAACUACCAGACGCAGGUGGUCCUUGCAAACACGCAGGCGGUCACGAUCGUGAAUGUUUGCGGGUACGAGGCCUCCCAGCCAGUCGACAUCGCCAUCUUCUCAGCUCAAGUGGCUGCUGGGCCCGUCAAGGUGUUCUACUCGAUCGGCACCGACAGCUCUCUCCCCCUCAUGCAGGAGGCCAGCUGGGCAGAGGCAGGAGGGUCAGGGCAAGUCCUGCUGGGCGCCGGCAACAUCUCCCAGCUCAACUUCAUCACAGGAGAAGUCCCAUCCUUCGCAGGUCCCAGGAGGAGCUUCAGGCUCGACACGGACCCCUGCUCGCUCUCCGUCGACUCUCCUUGCCAGGUCCACGAGAUGUGCGUCAGCAUACCGGACCCUCUCUCCUCCCCCUCCUUCUGGUGCAUCCCAAACAUCAAGUACUGCCUCCCCGGCUACGCCUACUCCCCCCUUAAUCUCAGCUGCCAAGCGUGUCCUCCCAACACUUUCAAGAGCAAGAACUGCCAGCAGGACUGCGGCGUCUGCCGCUCCUGCCCUCCCCGUUCCUUCAGCCCCCCGGCCAGUGUUAUCGACUACGACUGCUCCUGCCCCGAUCGACUUACAACUCUGCAAGAGUUCACCCUGCCCUUCGUCCGCGGGUACCAGGUCUGGGAGGAGAUUGACAAGUGGGGAUACGUCUCCAGCAUGCCACUGCCCUGGGGCGAGACGAGCCAAGUGAGCUGGCAGGAAGUUCUCAACCUGACUCUGUCAGGGUCUGCCAGCAUCCUUGGUACCUCCACUCAACUGUUGAACAGCGACCAGCAGCAUUGGUGUAGUCAUGUUCUCGUCAGCAACAAUCGCGAGUUUUACGCUUCCCUGACGAGCGAUGGGGCCCUUGAGAUCAGAAACAGCACAAGUGAUGAGAUCCAAUGGAGGUCUCGAUCCGGCCCCCUACUGGAGAACUCGAUCUGUUACCAUGAGCUUCCCACGGAUCUCGUCAACUUCACCUUCCAACUCUCCGACCAAGGGGCUCAGAUCGUCUUCUCGCCAUCAUCUGAGGGUACCAGCCCGGUAGUUUGGCCGCAGCUCGACAACAACGACAUGCAUCCUUCCGACUCCGUCAUCCUCCGGGACGACGGCUCCCUUGUGGGCGCAAACUCCUCCUCGCUGGUAUGGCAGACGAUAGCUGGAGAUCUGCUGGGAAACUUCUGGAUGUGCUACAUGGACCAGUGCUGCUGGUCGAGCAAGAUGAGCACGGGAGGGUCGCAGAAAUACCUCAGGAGGAGGGCGGGUGCGAACGAGAGCGUCACGUGCGAAGACUCGAUCUUCAGCGUCGCCUCGGGGAUGAGAUUCUCCGUCGGCAACGGGAGCCUGUCGCUCUACUCUAGCGACUCGACCAGCGCUGUCAUGUCCUCCCAAGUGCUCGAUGUCGGGGACAGCGACUCUCUUCUCUACUUCUGCCCCUAUGGCCUCUGCUUCUCCUCCCUGGACUCGACGUCAGCUCCCCUCAGCACUGUCCUCGUCCAGAAUCUCUCCGAAGCCAUCCUCCAUCGCUUCACCUGCGAGUCCUCGGGGUCGGUUCUUCGCGCUCCUACUGGCCUCCUGGAGGCCUCCCACCCUCACAACGUCUCCCGCAACUGCUCUUGGACCGUGCUCCCCUGCGCCAACCGCUCGCUCCGCCUCUUCAUCUCAGCUGAGACUUUCCAGCAAGGGCAGGAGAACUGCUCGGCUACCGGCAACUUCCUCUCGAUCAGUUUGUGCCAAGACUCCUCCUGCUCGUCGUUCCAGCAGGAGCUCACGAUCUGCCCUGCCGGCCGCGAGAAGUUCUUUCUUGCGACCAGCCCGGGAGUGGGAGUCAAAGUCUCCUACGUGGCCGAUGUCAAUGUGAUUUUGACAAGCUCGGAAAAGACUCCAGCAGGCUCCAGCCAGCUGGAGGUCAACAUAUCGAACUCUUCCACCUUCAAUACGUCAGAUGUCAACUCUACUAGUGCCAACAGUACGUACCUCAACACGUCGAACGCAACCAACGCCAGCUCAGUACCAGCUGGGGCAAGUAGCAUCGCGGUUGACUCGUGGUUCUCGGCCUCCUGGUUUCAAGAGCCCGUCGACGACCUCGGGGGCUGCAACUUCACCUGGACGAGUCAGAACGGCACCAACUACAGCAGCCUCAAGCUGAACGGGAGCAGCAUGGAGGGGCCCUGCAGCUGGAUCCUGGAGGCGAGCAACGGGAGCGUCGUUUCGUUUAUCGUCAACGAGCUCCAGGGCGCAAACUCGUCGGGUUGCGGCGACUUUUUGCUGGUCGAGACGUGCGAUGGCGUCUCCUGCUCCAGCUGGACGCCAGCUGAGAAGAUCUGCGCGAGGGCGGGAGUGACGGCCAAGAUCUUCCACACGAGCGAAGGCGGGAGGAUGAGGGUGACAGUGGGGAGCGAGGAGACGAUUUCCUCCUCCUUCGCCCUCCUCGCCUCCUGGAUCGAGUCUUCGGUCCACGUAGGGAGGUCACUGACUCUCGAAGCGGACGGGGCUCUUGUCAUUCUGACAGCAACUGACAUUUUCCCAUUUCGGUUCUAG